ACCACGUUGCUAUUGACAACGUCUCUUCGGUUUCUCACGAGUUGACUUCAGUGCGUCUUUGAAAAAUGAUCUUUGACGAGAGUUGUCCAUUUCUAUAUGAGAAUUUUAUUGCUAUGUAGCGCAUGAUAACACAUAAAUGCACAAGUCUGUGCGCGCAAUCAAGUUUAUCGAGAAAUCGUUUUAACCAGUUAGCCAGCUAGCUAAGGUUAGCUCGUGUAGCUAAGCUUCUUGCUGCAGAUAAUCCCACUCUCUCUUUGACAUCACCAUUUUGUGAUUCACAUACAAUUUAACACAGGACAAAUCGACGUAACGCUUUGAACACUGCAGUUUUCUUCAAGCGAGCACAAUGGAGCUCCAUCUUAACCGCGUUGAUUACACACAGGUUGGGGUGACAUCCCAGAAAACCAUGAGGCUGCUCCCACCUCUGGGCAAAAAAGCCACUCAGAAGGUUGCUAUUGCUGACCAUGAUGGGGUACUCACAUGUUUUGGGAUGAAGAAGGGAGAGGCAGUGCCUGUCUUCAAAACCCUCCCAGGACCAAAGAUCUCUAGAAUGGAUCUUGGAGGAGCAGCUGGGACGCCACAAGAGAAAAUCUUUGUGUGUUCUGGGUCUCAAGUCCGAGGGUUCACCAAGAAAGGCAAACAGUUUUUGACCUUCGAAGCCAACCUCACAGAAAACAUAAACGCCAUGCACAUUUCUGGAGCUGAUCUCUUUUUGUGUGCAAGUUACAUCUACAACCAUUACCUCGACUGCAAGGAUCAAGACUACUUCCUAUCAGGAGACAUAAAUGAUGUUAUAUACUUGUCAUCUGAAAACCUGACCCGCCCUUUCCCCAUUCUGGCAUGCCAAGAUAGAGUUCUUAGAGUCUUACAGGGCUCUGAGCUUGCAUAUGGCAUUGAAGUUCCUGGCCCUCCUUCUGUUUUGGAGUUGUACAACAAAGAUGGAGGUGAUGAAAUACUUUAUGGAACCACUGAUGGUAAAAUUGGAUUAGUCCAGAUUGGUGAGCAGUCUGCCUCAAUCAAAUGGGAGAUAGACUACGACAAAAAGAAAGGAGGAAUUCUCUGUCUGGACACCUACGACAUCGUUGGGGAUGGAGUGAGCGACGUGUUGGUGGGCAGAGAUGAUGGAACAGUGGAGGUGUAUGGUUUUGAUAGUGCUGGUGACCCCUCAUUACGCUUUGAGCAUGUGCUAUCUGAGAGUGUGACUUCAAUUCAAGGUGGCUGUGUUGGAAAAGAGUCCUACAAUGAAGUUUUAACUGCUACUUAUACAGGAUGGGUGACAGGUUUGACCACUGAGCCCCAAAGAGCUGAAGUUGGUCCUGGUGAUGAAGUGAAGAUGAGCAAAGAGAUGCAGUCUAAAGUGGAAGCACUGAGAGCUGAGUUAGAGCAGUUACAGGUGAAAGUGCUGCAGGGCCGUGAGCAGUACCAUCAGACGUCUCAGUCCAGCACAGCCGUGUCUGCUGUGCCCGUCUUCAGCAUCAACGACAAGUUCACCCUGUGCCAGGACGACGCCAGCUACAGCCUCACUCUAGAGGUGCAAACAGCCAUCGACAACCUACUGCUCCAGAGUGAUGUGCCUAUUGACCUGCUGGAUGUGGAUAAGAAUUCUGCUGUGGUCAGUUUCAGUGAAUGUGACUUGGAUCACGAUGGGAACUUUCUCCUGGCUACUUACAGAUGUCAAGCCAAUACCACUAGACUUGAACUAAAGGUGAGGUCAAUUGAAGGGCAGUACGGCACUCUGCAGGCCUACAUUACCCCGAGACUGCAGCCCAAGACAUGCCAAGUCCGCCAGUAUCAAAUCAAACCGCUGUCCCUUCACCAGAGGAUCCACGCGCUCGACCAGGACAGGCCCAUGAACCGUCUGAGUCUGGUGGGACAGUUCAGUUUUGCAGAGAUCCACUCUUGGGUUGUGUUUUGUUUGCCAGAGGUUCCAGAGAAAACCCCAGCGGGAGACACCAUCACCUUUUACUUUCACAACACUUUUCUGGGAACUCAACUCGAGGCAACCUACUGCAAAGGAGAGGGACACUUCAAGUCAGACAACAUCUCUACUAUUUCCAUACUCAGCGAUGUACUUUCUAAAGAAGCAACUAAAAGAAAAAUUAAUCUAAAUAUAUCAUAUGAGAUAAACGAUGAAUCAGUUAGUCACACUUUACGGAUGAUCCACCCAAAGUUAGAAUACCAGUUACUGCUGGCAAGGAAAGUCCAGCUUAUUGAUGCACUUAAAGAGCUCCAGGUUCAUGAGGGAAAUGCUGACUUUCUCAUCCCAGAGUACCGCAGCAUUUUGGAUGAGUCUUCUAAUCUCUUGGAGGAGUAUAAAAAACAGCCAACACACCUUGAGAGGCUUUAUGGUAUGAUCACGGACCUUUUUAUCGACAAAUUCAAAUUCAAAGGACAGAAUGUGAAAACCAAGGUCUCCUCAUUGUUGGAGAUACUUGGUAAUUAUGAUUUGAAUUCUCUCUUGGACUUUUUUAAUGAAGUUUAAGAUAAAAGGAAAAUAGUUUUAAAGAGUAUACCUCUGUUUAAUGUAAAGUUUUGUAAUUAUUUAAUUGUUGUUAUCUAAUGUCAUCUAAUGUUUGUAUAUAAUAUUUAUUUGAUUAGCAAAGCUGACUGACCUUUCAGAGCCAAAUAAGAAUGAUUGUAGUUCCUUGUUUUGUAAGUAACUAAGGUUGUAUAUGCUUUUUGUAUAUUUAUACAAAAGUAUACUGGAAAUAAAUUAUCAUUUAACAUUUCCUAUUAAUUAUUAAUAACAGAACGAAUGUAGUAUAUAGUGCACUAAAUACAAUAUUACAGAAAUAAAAAUGCAUGAGAAAGUUUUCUAUUUCUUUUUCGUUGUUGAUAUACGAAAAACCCAUAAAACUUUUAUUUUAAUUCACUGGCAUAAACAUGAGUUUGUAUAAAGGGAGUUACACUUACAAUUGUUUAUUGCUGUAUUUGGCUUAUUAUUAUUAUGAUUAUGAAUCCGUGUUGGUUGUCAUAAAUGUGUAAGUUGAAAACAAA